UGCACGUUUCCAAGUUGUUACUAUAUAAACAAUAAGAUAAAGUGUUCGACCAAUUCUGAACGAAAUACCGACCAAUCGGAAUCGAGAAUUCAACGGCACUGUGGAGUAAAAUCUUGAUAGUGCGCCAUGAUGUUAUCGUCGAUGAUUAAAGUUGUUUAAAGUUGUUCUAGUGUGUAAAUAUUGCACAAAUCGUUGCAUAUAUACUAAAGCAGUGACUGGUGUGUGAACAGGAUGUGUAGAUAGAUGUUCAGCUGUGUGUGUUUAUAAGUGCUGGACACUGCUUUACGAGGCCUCAUAUGUCUUUGCAGGAGGGUGCUAGUCCCAGCUGAUAGCCACUCUAAAGGAUUACACACACACACACACACACGGAUCUGUCCCAAGCAGUUAAAACUCUUCUCGCUCAAGGCCACUUAGAAGAAGAGGGAAAUAAUACAGACAUAUUAUUGAUGUACACACGUUCAAGGACGAUUAUUCCUACCAAGUGUAUUAAAUAUUACACAAACCAAACUAUUAUAUUAAUGAAUUAUAUAUGAAUUCAUUCCGUUGGUGUAUUUUAGUGCGGUCAUUUGUCUGUCGGUUUUUGUACUAAUCAUUUAUUUAAAGCAUAAGGAGAGGACAUAAAGACUAACAGAGAGAGAGAGAAAGAGAUUUAAAGAGAGAGAGAGAAAGAGAGAGAGUUAGGGAGGGAGAUAGAAAUUGAUCCAAAAUCAAUGUAACACAACACGACACACAUUUGAUCGGAAAUGAGACGUGACCCAUUUCACACACCCUCCUCGAAUCUCCCGAGGACGACAAGGAUGGACGGAUGGGCGCUACUUCUUCUCGUGUGCUUACUCCUCGUCUGUGGAGGAGCUUCAGGCUCGGAGUACGAACUCGGUGCUCACCCGCGCUUCAUCUGCACCCCCAUUCCCCCCGAUGCCCCCUGUGUCCCCUCUGAUAGCACCAGCCACCAUAGCGGCCAUCACAGUGGCCAUUAUGGCGAGCAUCACAGCAGGCACCACGGCGGCCAUUACAGCGGCCAUCACGGUGACUCCUGGUGGGGUGUGUCGGAUGAGGCCAUGCCCACCAUCUUGCACCUGCGUGAGAGCUUAGUGCAGCAGAAGGAGACCAUUCUGGACCAGAGGGAGACGAUCCGCGAGCUCACCUCCGAGCUGGCGCUCUGCCAGGGCUUCGGGCACGGCCUGGGUGGGCACGGACAUGGUCAUCACCAGCGUCACCACGGCAACGAAGAGCACACGGGUGACGAGACCAUGAGCCUGUCACACUCAAGCUCUCCGGAGCAGAUGAGCCACAUGCUGGCGACGUUAAAGGAGAGACUGGAGAACCUGCAGACGCAGAACACGUCCACAGCGUACUCCGCCUCUCUGAAGGAGCUGCUGCGGAGGAAGAUCUCCGCCCUGGAGCAGCAGCUGCUGCAUCAUGCCGCAUCUAUCACCGACAGGAACCAUCCCCACGGUGAUGAUGAGGAUGACGACGAACACCACGACGGCCAUCACGACGGCCAUCACGACGACGAACACCGUGAUGGACAGCGCGACGGUAAUAACAAUCACCAUGACGACGGCGGCCACCCGAGGACAUCGCUCCGCUCGCAGGAUCGCAGGACAACGCAUGACGAGCUGGACAAAGUGCUGAAGCAGCUCACACACGGUGCACGCUCCAACACAGGUACGAGGAAGAGAAGCAAAUCUUCCAGAAGUUUCCAGAUUGGCUUCCCCAUGCGCACAAACUACAUGUAUGGGAGAGUGAAGAAAACUGUGACGCGCGAGAUCUACGCCAUGACGCUGUGCAUGUGGCUGAAGGGCGGAGCCUCAGGCAUCGGCACGCCCUUUUCCUACUCCGCCCCCGGGCAAGCGAACGAACUGGUACUGAUCGAGUGGGGGGACAAGCCGAUGGAGCUGCUCAUCAAAGACACGGCAGUGAUAUUACCCCUCUCGCUGCAUGAUGGGAAAUGGCACCACGUGUGUGUGACCUGGCUGGCACGGGAUGGAGUAUGGGAGGUUUUUCAGGACGGAGCAAAGAGAGGAUCUGGGGAUAAUCUUAACGCCUGGCAACCCAUCAAACCUGGAGGAGUGUUCAUUUUGGGACAGGAGCAGGACUCACUCGGCGGACGUUUCGAUGCCACCCAGGCGUUUGUUGGUGAAAUCUCAGACCUGCAGCUCUGGUCUCACACACUCACGCACCACGACAUCUACAGCCUCGCGUCCUGCCGAGGUCACAUGACCGGUGAUGUCAUAAGCUGGGCGGAAUCAUUGGUGGAGCUGCACGGUGGGGUCACCAAGUACCCAUUUGAUCCCUGUCACUAAGGUUACUUCCCUAAAUAUGCUGUAUACACCGGAUGGGUGGAAGUUAUACCUAUUUUUGUUAUCGAUAUACUUAUGUAAAUACUGUAGACUAGAGCUGUGUCUCAAAUCACACGCCUGACUCUCUAGUACCUUGAUGUGUGUAACGGUUUAAAUCUGAGAAAAGUCAUCACAAAAUGGCCGCCCUAAACAGUUUUUUGGGUUUUUUUUUUAACCCUCCUUAUUUGCAUCUUAAAUACAUUCUUACCUCUAGGGGAGAAACACGGUUUGAGACACGGCUUGAGCAAUUCUCUACGAAAACAUAACCUUUACGCGAGCUUUGCUUUCGCCAAAUGUGAAGUGAAAGAUACAGCAAUACCAAAGAAGCUAGUGAACGCUUUAGCAUUAGUAACUAGCUUAAUGUUGGUUGAAAAUAUAGUUUUUUAAACCGUUACAGCAGGAAAUUCCGUGUUUCAAAAAAUUAUUUUACUCCCAUUUCACUCGUAUUUUACACAGUGACCAUCUAGAGCACUGUGUAGCGCAAUCAUACAGGUAGCAGACGUCAUAAUGGAUGUUAGCAGGUGUCAUUUAUACCCAAGUGAAAGCGGAAUAUUUCCAAUUGAAUUAGUUCUCGUUCAGACACUAUACAGUCGAUAUAAAAAGUCUACGCACCCCUGUUAAAAUGGCAGGUUUUUGUGCUAUAUAAGAAUAAUUAAAAAAAAAAAAAACAACGAAAGCAAGAUCAAUCUUGUCGGAACUUUCCCCCCUCACACUCGAUGUGAAAUUACAACGUGAAAAUCAUGUGGCAAAAUGUGUUAUGGCAAAAUUCAAAAUGGUAUGUUUGGUACAAAAACAAUGCACUUCAUCAAAACUACACCAAACCCAUGUUGAAGCAUGCUGGCGGUGGCGUCAUAAAGGCUGACAUGAUUUAUCUUGGUUUUUAUGCACAAAAACCUGCCAUUUUAACAGGGGUGUGUUUUCAUAUCCACUGUACAGGGUGCACUACAUAGAGAGAGAUCACUCAAUGUCAUACUCAAUGUAGAGCACUUAUUUGUAGAUUUAUACAGCAAUGUGGUGAACCUGUAUCUUUUUCUAAAUGUAAUUACUACUCGCAUGAUUUUAAUAAAAAAAAUGUAAUAAAAGUGACAUGUCCUCUCUUGUGAUUCACAAGUGUGUAUGAUUAUACUGUAUGUGCGAACAAAUAAACGUCAAGUUUUGA